CUGUCCUGCCGCAGGUGGCGCUGCGGUAGUAAUGACGUCUUAAUGGCUUUUCCUUAAUUCUGUGCGUGCCACUUUACAAAGUCUACCAGGAAAGAAGAACGAAAGAAACAAAUAAACACCUUUUCAGUCCAAAAUGGCGGCACAGUGUGUCACUAAAGUGGAACUCACAGUCUCUUGUGAGAACCUUCUGGAUAAGGAUGUUGGCUCCAAGUCUGACCCUUUGUGUGUACUUCUUAUGAACACUACAGGAGCACAAUGGUUUGAGGUGGGGCGUACAGAAAGGGUGAAAAACUGCCUCAGUCCAAAGUUUGCCAAAAAGUUUUCAAUUGAUUAUUAUUUUGAGGUUGUACAAAAAAUGAAAUUUGCCGUUUAUGAUAUCGACAAUAAGACCGUCGACCUCGGAGAUGAUGACUUUCUUGGAGAAUUUGAGUGCACGUUGGGCCAGAUUGUGUCAAGCAAGAAAAUAACAAGACCACUUCUUCUGAAAAAUAAGAAGCCUGCAGGAAAAGGAACAAUCAUGAUUUCUGCUGAAGAGGUAAAGGACAACCGUGUAGUGAAAUUUGAGAUGGAGGCCAGAAAUCUUGAUAAAAAGGAUUUCUUUGGUAAAUCAGACCCGUACCUGGAGUUCUACAAGCAAACAGAAACCGGAUGGCAGCUGGCACAUAGAACAGAGGUCAUCAAGAACAAUUUAAACCCUGUGUGGAAGCCAUUUAAAAUAAAUUUUCAGUCUCUCUGCGGUGAUGACAUGGAGAAACCAAUCAAGGUGGAGUGUUAUGACUAUGACAACGAUGGCUCACAUGAUUUUAUUGGCACCUUCGAAACGAAAAUGAAGGAGCUUCAACAAGCAUCGCGCACUUCACCUGUCGAGUUUGACUGUGUUAAUCCAAAGAAGAAGCAGAAGAAAAAAAAUUACAAGAACUCUGGAGUAGUAAGCGUAAAAUUUUGUCAGGUAGAGAGAGAAUACUCAUUCUUGGACUACAUCAUGGGUGGCUGCCAGAUGAAUUUUACUGUUGGUAUUGAUUUUACUGGAUCCAACGGAGACCCCCGCUCUCCAGAAUCUCUCCACUACAUUAAUCCUCAAGGAGUUAAUGAAUACCUUAUGGCCAUUUGGUCUGUUGGCGUUGUUAUCCAAGAUUAUGAUAGUGACAAAAUGUUUCCAGCACUAGGAUUUGGAGCGCAGGUUCCACCAGAUUGGCGGGUUUCACAUGAAUUUGCCAUAAACUUCAAUCCUUCCAACCCUUACUGUGCUGGUAUACAAGGAAUAGUGGAUGCCUACCGAAGCUGCCUUCCUCAAGUCAAGCUGUAUGGGCCCACCAAUUUCUCUCCAAUUAUAAACCACGUUGCCAGGUUUGCUGCACAGGCUGCUCAGCAGAAAAAUGCAUCUCAAUAUUUCGUCCUGCUGAUCAUCACAGAUGGAGUAAUUACAGAUUUGGAUGAUACCCGAGCAGCAAUUGUAAAUGCUUCAAGGCUUCCAAUGUCCAUCAUAAUUGUGGGAGUUGGUGGAGCCGACUUCAGUGCUAUGGAGUUCCUGGAUGGAGAUGAUGGAUGUUUAAGAUCACCAACGGGUGCACCAGCUGUCCGGGACAUUGUACAGUUUGUGCCUUUUCGUAAAUUUCAAAACGCUCCUAAGGAAACACUUGCCCAGUGUGUUUUGGCAGAGUUGCCUCAGCAAGUAAUGUCCUUCUUCAACUCAUUUAAACUGAAGCCUCCCAAUGAUCCUUAUCCACAAUAACAUGCCCCAAAAGAAGCCCUGGCUCAGUGUGUCCUGGCCGAAGUCCCUUCUCAAGUGACAACGUUCUUCAACUCCUUUAAUAUUCCGCCACCCAACAGCACGACUCCUGCUGCGAGUUCAUGAGACACUGGAAUGCCGAUGAAGAAGAAGUCACCUGCAGCCCCUUUGUGACGGACAACUGGUCACCUUUUGGUGCUGUAAAUUGAUAAUUGAUAGGUCUGUUUAUGUUAUUGUGCCAAAUAAUUGCUUUUUUAGAUAUUUUUUUUAAUGGAAGUUCACUGGAAGCCCCACUCUUUACUCCCACAGCAUGUGCGUUUAGUCAGUGAUCAUUCAUUUCAUUUUCUUUCUCAUUGACAAAAGUUGUACAAUCUCGGACUGUUGCAUUAUCCAGAAAAUGAAUUUAUUGGCAUAUCUUACUAUACGCGACUGCACAAAAUUAUCGAUACAUGUCUUAUUAUUAAAUGGAACGAGUUAAAUGGGA